GAACGACGAACUCGUCCAGCAGAAGCAGACUGAACUGUCGCACUGUUUCAUCCACACAACCUCGUCUUGCUGACUCCACUUUUUCCAUCUUGAACUGAAAAGGUUUCUUGCACAUGCCCGGGCUAUUGAUCCUUCUGGCAACGUGAGUAUGUCAUUGAGUGGGGAAGAUAUGGACAACCCUCCACGACGCACGUCUUCAAAAGACUCCGCCAUUGUUGAUGAUGAAGCAGAUGUCUUUGAAAUCACAGAUUUCACAACAGCAUCAGAAUGGGAACGGUUCAUCGCUCGACUGGAAGAAAUCCUUCAUGAAUGGAAACUAGUCAAUCAUGAGCCACGUCCGCCUGCUAUGAAAAAUCAGUAUGCAAAUGGAACGUGGGCAGAGAAGACAGAAGAAGUUAUCUUCGCUGACUUCAGGUUCAUGUUUUCCUACCUUUAUUUAACAACAACGGAAACUUCUUCUCAGGAAAUUUCCAAAAGCAAGAGGGAAGAUCAGGAGGAAGUAGAUGAAGAGCAUAAGACUCCAACGGUUUACCUUGAUAUUAUGAACUUUGAUAAUGAUUUCCCUUCUCGUGCUCAUUACCUGUGCCGAUGGUAUGGCCUUCAGGAGUUCUUCACUCUCAUCCCUGUUAGUGAAAAGCAAGUAAUUGACAGUGAAAGUAGGGCAAAGCUGCUUCUCAGUUCAGCAUCAGUGGCUUUUGGGAACUCAAACUGCAGCAUUCCAGUCUUUAUUCAGCUUCAGCAAAAAUGGAGGAAGCUGUUUACUGGCACAUCGUUAGUCAGAGGUGGGAGCAUUGAAUUUGAAAUGUCUCACCUGAAACGACUCCCUCCUCAGUACUGCCACCUGGCAGGCCUUCUUGAUGUGUUUAAGUCCAAAUUGGGAUGUGUUUAUAUAUCAAUGCCUACAGUCUCUGUUGCUGUGCGCUUUACAUACAAGUUGCAGGAUUGGAUUGAAAGCGCAUGGCCCCAGAUGCCUCCUGACUUUUCUUCCUUCUGUGAUGGAGAAGUAGGGUAUGGGGAUAUAGAUUUCCUUCCUUUUGGUGCCUGCACUGACCCAAUUAGCGAGCUUCAUCUCUCCUGCACAUGGCCCUGCUUAUCAGAAGACAUGAUUGUUGAGAACAGCAUGUACUCUGACCUUGACCCUUUGCAGGCCCCGCAGUGGACGGUGCGGCUUCAGAUGACGGAAGACCCACAGUGCUUGCUGGGAGUGUUUCUCCGAGAUUUCCUGAAGCUCUGUGAGAGGCAUGAAAGUACGGAUGAAGUUCUGAAGAAAGUCAUCGGCGACGGGGAUGCGGAGAAGGACAAAGCUGCUUCAGACAUUAGCAAUGCCUUGCACAAAUUGACUGAACCGGUCCCAUCCUUGUCCUCCAUUCCCUCUAUCAGUAAUGUCAUGUCUUCUGCUUCUGCCAGAAUAAAGUUCAAACCAGAGGAUGCUCCCAUACCUGACUCUCUCUUGGACAAAAUUCUGUAUUUCCUCUUCCCAGACGCAAAAAUUCCUCGGAGUUCCACAGAUCAGAAAAUGAACAAGAACAAGCAGUCGUCGUCAACUUCCACUUCCUCCCUUUCGAGUCCAGUAUCUGAGCAUGAAAGUGACUUAGGAGAGGUCAAGGCUAAUGGGGAAAAGAUGGCCGAACUGAAUGCCGAAUUGGCCAAGCAGCUUAAAUCUGCCCCUGUGGAUAGCUUGACUCAGAGACUUGGUCUGGCCUUGUGUAAGGUGAACCAUAGCUUUGGUGGGCUCUUGGGAGUAGCACAUUUGUGGCAGGAGUUUAUCCUGGAGAUGAGGUUCAGAUGGGAGAACAAACACUUUCUUAGUGAUAUCGAAAAGGGCGCCCCGAAUAUGGGCUCCUGUCUGCUGCACCAGAAACUUCAGAUGCUCAACUGUUGCAUCGAGUGCAAGGUAAAGCGGGAGUCGGUGGGUUAUGGCUAUGGGCCUGACUCUGUCAACAUUCAUGACCAGUCUUUUGAUUCCUCGUAUGACGACAGGGACUCCAGUGCCAGGGCUAGCAAAGUGGCCAGCAUUGUCAGCUCCAGCGAUGAUGAUGAGGAAUUCUUUGAUGCCGAUGAUGACGAGGUAGCCAAAGCCUCAGCGCAGGGGGAGAAAAACUCUGAGGGCAAAACAAACAAAGGUGCUGAAUCAGGGCAGACAGACAUGAAGGGAAGUACUGAACCCUCUGAGGAAAGUCAGGGUAGAGAUAGUGUGGUCAGUGCAGAUGGACAGUUCCAGGAUUCCAUAACUCAUCGACCUGUGGGCAGACUGGUACCAAUGAAAAAUGUGUUUCUAUUGGCUACCGGGGAACAGUUGUAUAUCCCUGUAACACAGGAGCCAUCGCCCAUGACAGAAGACAUGUUGGAAGAGCACGCAGAGGUGUUGGCCAAGCUGGGCACUUCUGCGGAGGGUUCUCAGAUCCGGGCCCGUAUGCAAAGUGCAUGCUUGGUUUCAGAUAUGGAGUCUUUUAAAGCAGCAAACCCUGGAUGUAUUCUGGAAGAUUUUGUACGUUGGUAUUCACCUCGAGACUAUGUGGUGGAUGAUGAUGUUGAAGCAGAAGAAGAGGUGGAGAUGGAGCAAGAACAGCAAAGUGCGGGUAGUGAUACUCCUGCCACUGGGGAAAGGAAAGGCUCAGUGUCCUCCCCUGCCAAGCGUGGUCGUCUCAGCCAGAGAAUGCAGAUCCCGGGCAACAUGUGGGUGGAGGCCUGGCAGAGUGCCAAGGCUGUCUCUGCUCGCCGGCAGAAGAGACUUUUUGACGACACCAAAGAAGCAGAGAAGGUUCUGCAUUACCUUGCCUCGAUGAAACCUGCAGAGGUGGUCUUACACCUUAUGCCAUGCGUGAUCCACGCGGCAAUCAUCAAGCUGGUGGAAGAAGCGAUAAACACAUGUGUGCCUAACUCAAAGUCUAUGAUCGAUACUCUUAUCUCUCGAGCUGCUAAAGUCACCAGAAAUUUUCCCUUAGACAAAAAGAAGUAUGCUGAGCUACUUCGGCUCAUUGAACUUGCAGAGACUGUGACAGCCCGAACGACAUCACUUCGAUCAAAGUUCACCAGUGACCAUCUAGCCUCUCCAGAACAAGAGGGAAAGGAGGAGGAGAUAGAGAGUUUUGUAAAUAAUCUUCUCACACAGUCGGAAGUAGCUGUGAAGGGCGGGGCAUGUGGUCCUGCAGGGGCCAUCAUCCACAAGAUGUUUAUCACUGCGCAGAAGUCAAACAAUAUGAUUCUCGACGACGAGGAGCAAGACGGGGAGGGUGGUGCAGCCCCCACACCCACCCCGACUAUUUUGACUCUUGGUGAAGAUCGCAGGAACAGACGUAAGAAUUCCAACUUGAGUUUGCCAUCGCCCUCUUCGGAAUCAAAGUCAACAGCCUUGUCUGAUUUCCCUGCCCCAUGUGCCAGAGAGUACAUCCUGCGAGCAAUGGUGCCGCGGCCAGCUCCAUACUCCAAGGUCCUUCCCCAGAGGAUGUACUGCCUGCUCAUGGAAAGCGAUAACCGAAUAGCUGGGGCCUUUACCUCGGACACUACUUUCCAGUAGCUCUCUCUAACAAGAUUAUGGUUAUCUGCAAUAGCGCAUCAUGUUUAAGUUUAAGAAAUGACAACAUGCCUCUUUACAUUUUAUUCCGUAUUUGGAUGACCAGGACUCUCUGUAGUAGGAAUGGAAAAGUUUUGUUAGUUCAUAAGUCAUUAUUGUUAAAAUAGCUGAAAAUGGUACAGGACUGAAUGAGAUUCUGCAUUUGAUAAAAUUGCUUUUUUUAAAUAGAUUUCUUUUAAGUGCCGCCAAAGCAAAUGUUUUGUCCUUUCAAUAGCCAUAUUACACAACUUUGUAUAGAUGACAAUGGAUUUUAAAUAAUCCAUCUUAUGUCAUCUGUAGCCCUUGUAAGAACUGGGUGUAUGGUAUGUGGAGUGUUUGUGACACUGCCGACAAUAUUUGAAAAAAAUGUCUGUUCUAGCCUUUUUGCUUCAUUUAGUCUACUGUUAGGACCGGAGGCACAUGAAACUGUAAUGUUAUUAUGAAUAGUAUAUUUUUGCGUUCUUGUUGCCAAGGCAGUGCCGGUCAGGGGGAAGCAUUGUUUGAAGUUGUGAAGUUUGUGUGCUGUAGAGCUGACUGUUUUCAACAUUCAGUUUAAGGAUGGAAUUUUUGAAGUUUUUUUUUUUUUGGUGGGUUUUUUUUUGUGGAGCCCAGAUUUGUUUUUAAGUUUUUUUCAGUGAUAUAUGUUUUUGUUAACAUCUGCAAUUUUGUGAUUACUUCCAUGCAAGAUAUUGCUUAUAUUUUAUAAGCUGUGUAUUGCAGAUCUCAUCUGUGAUGACAACGGUCCUGUACAUUACAGCCUGUAUACAUUUGAUCAUAGUUGAUUUGUUCUCAUGAAAAACUGUACUAUCUGGGUUAUAAAAUGCAGCCUUCCCUUAACACUAGUCUUUUAUCUCAUGCUCCAUAGAUAAAAAGUUGAGGAAAUUAGCAUUUUUAUUUCUGUACUUCUGCUCUAGCUCAGUCAGACUUGAGAGAAUUGUCAGCAUUUUGCUUUGUCUACUGAUAAUGAUCUGAUAUAAUUGUAAUGUAGAGACAUAAUUGUUCUCAUUUCUCAACAUGGAUGUUAUUUCAACAAUGGUCUGACUAAGCUCACUUUGAUUUAAGUGUCAUGCAGCUCUUUAAGUUUCAUGUAGUCUUCGGUGUUUUGGGUUAUUUAUGCAUUUUUUUCCCCUUUUAGUUUAAUGAUAAGUCAGCAUAAUAAUGGACAUAAUCACUUCUGGCAUUCUACCAACGAUGUGUACAAUUCUCUCUGCUCAUGAUGUGGAAACUUGUAAGCUUAUCACUUCUGAUUAUCUGUCGAUAAUGUGUAAACUUGUAAUGGUUUAUGAAAAUCAUUUCUGGGUCUCAGCUGAUGAUGUGUGAAACUGUACUGAGAAGGAAGCUUUCGUCUCAUCUUCUUUUCAUUCAUAUCACUCAGCUUUUUCCUUCUUUUAGCAGUGAUUUCAUUCUUUUGUCUUCAUGUGUCAAAGACAAUGGGCGACGAGAUCACCACUGUAACUGUUAGGUCCUACUUCGUUUUUUUCCUUCUGCCAUUUCUGUCUGUCUGUAUUACUCUUUCCCUGCACUAAAAGACUGUUAUUAUAUCGAUGUGCUUCUCUUCGCUCUAAUUGUUCAUCUAUUUUUCCAAUUAAAUCACUCAGGUUCUUGCUGAUUUUGAAAAUUUUAUUAUAUUUAAUUCAUUUGAGAAACAAAAUUGGUGAUAGCUUCCCAAACAGUCAUCUGAAGCAACUCAUGUCUAAUGUGUUAGGGUAACAUUGUGGGCCAUGGCCACCUUUGUGAGCUCCCUUGGCUCUCAAGCUGUUUGUGGACUGACCUCAGUGGUGUAAUAGUAAUUUAAUAAAUAGUUCAAUAAAUGUGCCGAAUUUCCUCGAAAAUCUGGAAAUCCAUAUAUUCGUGAAAUUGUCCACAGUUUUCCAGACUUCAAGUCAAUCAUUUCAAGAUUUUUUUUCCAAUUCUUAAUUAUAAAAGUCUUUAUACAAGAUUAUGUAUUUAACAAAUUGAUCUUUAAAUCUAAGGUUCCUGCUCAUGGUUUUCCCUGAGAACUGUAACCUUCAGCUUUUUUUUGUUUUUUUGAAGUCAGUUGGCACCUCUGUAUAGUUAGGCUCUUUGCGUUACUCACAAAAAAAAAAAAAGACUUUUGAUUCCCAAGUGAGGUAGUUUGUUUUGUUUUGUUGGGUUUUUUUUUAAAGGGGGAGGGGGGGGGGGUGAAUAGAGUAUCUCUUCCAUCUGUCUGUGGGGAAACUAUCUCCUCAGCCUGUAUUGUCCUUGACAGUAAGGGUUGAAGCUGCCCACCUCCAAAAUGAUUUUGAUUGUUUUGGUGGAGGAGUAAAACAGUCUGUCAAUUCCCUGGCAUUAUUUUACUCUUUUAAGUUGUUAUUUCAUUGUACAAUUGGUAUUGGGUACUUCACAUCUAAUCCGUUGUUCUCAACAGAACUAAAGUCUUCAAUUGUGAUUUGAAGUGCCAUGCAUCAUGCAGCAACUUUGUCUUGGCAGACAUUUGUCAUGGAAAUACCGGUAGUAUCCAGUCAUAGGCCUUUAUUAGGCUACCGGUUUGCUGAUUACAUCACGUCCUACGAUGAUUGAAGAAUUUUUUUCACACUAUUCUGAAACACACUUUUUCUGCAAGGCACCGAGUACAAUUUAUAUGCCAUUGUUCAAUGAUUUUGUCAAUUAUUUGAGUUAUGUUAUAAAUUUUAUUUCCUGUACCAUACCAUUAAUACCAACCGAGGGUGCAGUUGUGUGUUAACAAGAGAUUUUGCACUUCCUGCCUUCGGGUUAUUUUCUUAUUUUCUUGUGCACUAUGUGCGUCUAUGGUACAAAUGACAUGUUGUACAUACAUAAUUAUGCUGUUUUUGCGCUUUGUUGCUUCCUUUUUGCAUCUUUUUGUUUUGUUUUCUUGUCGAGUUUCUCUUGAUUUUUAUGGCUUCCCUGUCAAAAGAUUGCUUUAUACUUUUUUCCCUUUUUUGUGAAAAUUUCCUUGAUGAAAUAAGACUUGUUAUAACAUUUAAUCCUAACGUUGGUUAAUGAUUAAUGUGUGAGAUUUCUCUGGUUUCAGGCUUUUAUUGUAAAGCAAUUGAUUGUUACGUUGAACUUGUAUGUGUUUGUGCUUGUGUGCUCUUGUGUACGUGUGUGUAAUUGUGUUAUAGCAUGUGUGUGUGUAUAAUAUGUAUAAAGAAGCUGAUUCUAUGUUUGUAUGUCUGCAUGCAAGAUUGAAGAAAAAAAAAGCGAGAGAAAAGGGAGAAAGCUAAUUCA